ACGCCUGCGACGCGAGGAGCACGAGAAGCGAGGCGACAAGUCCCGGUCGUGCUGUUCAUUUGAAAAAGAGAUCGUUAUAAGAACAGUGAGGAUACUGGGGAUUCGACCAGCAAUCCGCUCGCGAUGGUGAAAUUGACGCCGGAGCUCAUCGAGCAGUCGAUGCAGUACAUUAAUCCGGUGCGAGAUCGCGAAUUAGAUCUCCGAGGAUAUAAGAUACCCACUAUUGAGAAUCUGGGCGCGACCUUGGAUCAAUUUGACACGAUAGACUUCUCCGACAACGACAUACGCAAGCUGGACGGCUUUCCGCUGUUGAACAGGAUAAAGACCCUGUUCUUCAACAACAAUCGCAUCGUCAGGAUCGGCGACGGGCUGGAGCAGUGCAUACCCAACCUGCACACGCUGAUGCUGACCGGCAACAUGAUACAGGAGCUGGGCGACCUGGAGCCGCUGAUACCGCUGAAGAACCUCACGAACCUGUGCCUGCUGCAGAACCCGGUGUCCGCCAAGCCGCAGUACAGGCAGUACAUCGUCUACAGGUUUCCGCAGCUCAGGCUGCUCGACUUUCGGAAGAUCAAGCAGGCGGAGCGCGAGGCGGCGACGGAAUACUUCAGGAGCAAGCGCGGCAAGGAGAUGGCGCGCGAGAUAGCGAAGAAGGUCAAGGCGCAGACGACGGGCGCGGCGGCGGACAAGCCCUUGACCACGCCCGAGGAGCGCAACAAAAUUCGCGAGGCCAUUACGAACGCGUCUUCCCUGGAGGAGGUGCAGAGGCUCAGUAAACUGCUGCAGGCCGGUCACAUACCCGGCGAGGAGCGAUUGCAAAAUGGUAGUGGAGCUGCGGAGCCUAUGGAAGAGGAUGACGAUUAAAUUAUCAUUUUUUAAGUCCGAAAUAAAUUCCCUGUUGUAAGUAUUCAGCUUGACGGGAGGAAGGGCGUGAAAAUAGUACAUAUAUAAAUAUAUAUAUGAUGCUGAAAAAGAGUUGUAUACUACACGGAGCUACCACCAUUACCUUUAAAGUAAAAUGCAGAUAUUGCUUUUUUUGUAAAAAUAAAAUAUGGAGAAUAGCCUGGAAGCGAUUUUCAUAAUUACUCCUCAUUAUUACACUGAAACGUUAUUAAUAUAUUGAUAUGUUUAUUUCAGCAAAGUCAAUAAAGAAUUUUUUGAAGCGA